ACACAACCAAGUAAUGAAAUUUUAUUAAGUGAUCUUACUGUACGUAUUUUUUUAUUGAGAUUACGCACUAAAGUAGAACGUAGUAAAAAUAUAAAACGAUUAUUGCGAAAAUUGUAUGUAUAAGAUUGAAUUCAACUCGAUCUGUAAGAAAAUGACGACAAAUGUCGCGUGCACGUGAAAGAGCAAAGUGCACAAACCUUUUCUUGUUAAAAAUGUAAUGUAAUAUUUGUAAAAUACCGUAGAUGUUACACUAAAAACGUAACUUUUUGUUAAACACUUUGUUGAACAAGAUUGUUCAUUGCCCCGACAUCAGGCAAUGUUGGUAAUAUCUAUCAAAUAAAUUCUGCUGUAUAAUGGUGGGGUGGAUGGAAUUAUCAUAGCAAAUGUACGUGUUAAUGUUUGAUACUAAUAAGAUGCAUAUCAUAAAGACAUUAUGCAUGAACAAUUAGCGCAUGAACGUCAAAUCAAUGAGUUGUUGAGUGUCGCAGUGUCGAAUAUCUUUUUCUAAAGUGGCUAUACAUUGUGGUCGUGUUAGUAAAUGGUAUAUGCAAUUGCAAUUGUAAAUUCGCAACUGUUAAUAUUUUCUUUCGAUGAUGGUUAAAAACCUUUCAUUUGUUGAAUAAUUAUAUAACUAAUUAAAAAUUUUAUGAGUAUUAUAUCUGCAUUUUGUCUCUUCGAGUAUUUGAUAAAGAUGAGAAUCUUGACGCCAUAAAUAAUAUAAUUUUAAAUAGCAUACACUUUAUAAGGGAAAAUGAUAGUUUACUUUAUUGUAUCCAAAAUAUAUAAGAAAAUAUUAAUAAAAUCGGAAAGUAUCCCUUAAAUAUUAUAAUUGGACAAAGUUAUUGGAAAACAUUCCACGUGCAAAUCUAUCGCAACGCCAUCCUGUGAUCAAUGUGAGAGGAAACUCGUGGCUCACUCGGAAAACAAAAUGAUUUUAUGAGGAAAUUUUCAAUUCUAUACACAAAUAUUUUAAGAUGACUGAUUUUGCGAAAGCGCAGCUUUUAAAAUAUGGUUGGACUGAAGGGAAAGGUCUAGGUAAAAAUGAAAGUGGUAUCACAGAUGCAAUAAAACCAAAACUUAAGUUUGAUUUAGCUGGAGUAGGGCAUAAAGAUGAAGAUUGGAAUGAGUGGUGGGCAACUAGUUUUAAUAAUGCAGCUAACAACAUUAUAGUUCAGCCACAAUUGCAUGGUGUAUCCAUAUCUGUUUCAAAUGAAAAUGAAAAUGAAUCAUUUAAAAAGCAUUUAACCAAAAAAAGUUUUAGCUACGGAAAUUUUCUUAAAACUUCCACACUUUUCAAUGGCAACUCAGUGCAAGAAGAUAGUGCAAACAUUAUUAAACAAGAAGAAGAAACAAAACUGGAUAUUAAACACGUAUCUUUGACAGAUGAUGAGUUAUUUAAAAUAUGUGGUGGUAGAACUGCUCACAAGGGUGCCAGACAUGGACUAAAAUUAAAUGGUAAAUUAAAAAGAAUUGAAGAACAGGAAAAAAAUUUCUUACAGAAAAAUAGUAGUAAGUCUGAGAAAGAUAUAUGUGAUUCAGAUGAGGAUACUUUACCUAUUAAUCUUCCUUCUGAAGAAAAAAAUAUUCCAAAGAGUUCUAGAAGUUUAAAAAGGAGUAAAAAACGACUAAAUGAUUUAACACGUCAGUUAAGUACUUUAUGUAAUAUAAGCGAUACCGAUAAUACAUGUAAAGAAAGCACUUUUAAUGAUGAGAGUAUACAAAACUCACAAUCAAAACGGAAGAAAAGGAAAGUAAGAAAAGAGAGUUUUCUAUGUCUGAAAAAAAGUAUAAAGGAAAAGAAAAAAAAACAUCAGAAGAAUAAAAAGAAUAAUAAGCGUGGAGUACUUCACCAAAUUGAGAAGGAACAUAUUAAUAUGUUAGAUUCUACAAUAUAUAGAGAGAUUUCUUCCACAGACACUUCGAUAAAUCCCAGUGAAGACAUAGAUUCAUUUAGUUGUCCAGAAUCUUUAAAUACAGAUUUAAAAACCGAGGCAGAUACAUUAAAUCACAAAAUAUCAAGGAAAAAGAAGGCAAAAUUUCGUGCAAAAGAAAAAAGAAAAAUUCAGAAUAUAAUGGAUGGUUUAGAAGCUGUUUAUUUGAAUACUGAAGAUACUUCUGAAAAAAUUAGUAAUAAAAAGAAAUUAGAUACAGUAAUAGAAACAAUGGUAGGAAUCAAUAUUGCGAUAGAUAAAACAGAAACAAUGCAAAAAAGAAGUAAAAAGCAAAAAAGGGGUAAAAAGAAGAAACAAAGUGUAAAAUAAUUUUUAAAAUAAAAAUUUGUAUAAUACAA